GUUGGGAGCCGUGACGUAUUUACUGACAGGGACACGCGAGUUUUCGCGCCGGUGCUCUAUUUGCUCGCGAAGGCACUAUUUGGGGAGAUAAACCGAACCAACCGUCCCGUUCCUUUCCGUUUUACCGUUUUGCGUCAACAAGUUCACCUCCAGACUCUUAGUCUGUGUCUGUCACCGGGAGGGAAAUAACGGGACCGCUGCUCUCUCCUGCUUCACAAACUCACCAAAUGAGAUUUAUUUCCAUGAAACUCUUGAUUUUUUUUAAAAACCGGUGAAAACCCGAAUCGGAGCACGCAGAGAAUGAUGGCACGCCGCAUUGACCGAAAUCUGGUUUCUUUGUCCAUGUUUGGAUACUUGGUUUGGCAAACGGUGGUUUCUGUCGUUCACGCUGACGGUCGUGUGUUCCUAUUGGACCAGAGAAACACGUCUGACUCCGGGGGAUUGGCUGAGGCGGAACAUGCAUGUGCUUCCCAUGAUGCCCGGCUGGCGUCAGCCGAGGAGCUGCGUCACGCCGUAAUGGAGUGUUCCUUCUCUCCCUGCACACGAGGAUGGCUGGACGGGGGCAGCGUGGGGACUACAGUGUGUAGUAACUUGGGCAGUGCUCUGAAGGCAGUGGAUGUGAAGAUAGAGAACACUACAGAGGACAACACACACCUGGAUGUCUUCUGUGUCAAAGACAAGGGUGUUCCAUGUGGAGACCCCCCUGCAUUCCCCAACACGCAUCUCCAGGGCCACACCGGGUUUGAGAUGGGGGACGAGCUGCUGUACUCCUGUCUACCUGGUCAUGUGUUGCCCAGCGGCCACUCAGCCUUCAGCCUGCUGUGUGACAGCUGUGGAGAGUGGUACGGACUGGUACAGCUCUGUGUAAGAGACAAGACAGAGGCCCACAUUGACUAUGAAGAUAAGUUCACUGAUGACGAUCACCACCUCUCCUACGACACCCCUACUGAGGCGGAGGACACACAUGAGGAACCGGUAGAAGAGGAGGUGCAAGAGGAGACAGCAUAUGUAAAUGUGGAGGUCACAGGAGAAGAGGGGCGCAGGGAUCAGGAGCAGCAGGAGGCCAGCUUCAGCAUGACGGAAGUAGAGGAGCAGGAUGUGGAGACGGGGGGAGAGGAGGAAGUGCAGGGAGGAGAGGAGCUGUCUGUGGGAGAGGAGGAGGAGCAGGAGGAGAACGUGGGGGAAGGACUGGUGACUGGAAGAAAGGAGGAGGAGCUGGAAGACUCGACAAACCAUCCCGUCGAUGAAGAGAAGCAGGAGGAGGGGCAGGAGGAGGGGAUGGGCAUGUCGGAGGCGACUGAGGCGCCCGUCUCCCUGCUUUCCCAGAAGCACCUGUUCUGGUUCCCCUCAGAGGCCUUCCAGGAGGCGGGACAUGUGGAACCCACUCACUCGCCAGUCACACAGGACACACCCCCUGAGGGAGACAACCGUGUCAGGGCCUCCGGCAGCGAAUCAGAGGAGAGCAAGGAAGACAACAGCCAACCAGAGGAGACAAAAGAUCAUGACAGCCAUGAGGGUCAAUUCCAACAACCAAUUGACCACAAUGACCAUGAUGACCACGAAGAUGAUGUUGAACAUGAACAUAUUGACCGUGAAUAUGAUCACGACGAUCGAACAGAUCCUGACCACGAUGAAAGUUCUGAACAAGUUUUUGAUGGUGAAGACCAUGCCGUUGAACACCUUGACCACGAUGAUCCUGACACCCAUGAUGGCCAUGAACAUGACAACCAUGAAAGCAAUGAUGGUGAAGAGGCCCACCGUGAGGACCAAGGAGAACACAGGGAGGAUGACCAUGAGAAGGGGGGUGCGUAUGAUAACAGACACGACGAGCAUUACAACAUGGGUGAACACGAGGAGGAUGACCGCAUUCAAUAUCACAGCCAGGGUGAACAUGAUGAUCAUGAAGACCAUGACCACGAUGAUGUAACGGAUCACCAUGACGAUGAUGAUCAUGACCACUCAGAUCCUAGCGAUCACCACGAUGACCAUGAAGACCAAGACCAUGUCCACGACCAUGAUCACCUUGAUGACCAUGAAGACCAAGACCAUGACCAUAACGAUCAAGAUGAUCAUGGCCAUGAUGACCAUGACCACGACGACCAUGAAGAUGGCCAUGUAGUCCCUCCCAUUGGAAUGACAACAGGCGAGCCUCAGAAUGUAACCCAGGAGGUGGCGGGAGGAGAACCCACAGCCAGCACAGACGAGACCUGGUUGGACGGCUACCCUGUCAGUCAGGAGGAGACUGACACUGAUAAAGUGGGAGGCGGCUCCACAGAGGAAGGGGUGGAGCCUGAGGUGCGAUCGGAGGAAGAGGAGGGUCUUGUGGUUGUCGGGGUGACGGACCGGCCCAAUGAGGUGGAGAUGAGUCGUCCCGUCCCAUUCACGGGCGUCCCUCAGGUCCCCCUGUCCCCCACGCAGGAGGCGGACCCUGUAGAGCAGGAUCAGGACCAGGUGGGAGGACUCAGCCCUAAAGCCUCACCCGACUCACCCCUCUCCCCUGAGGCCACAUCCUCAGAUUCCUAUUCAGCCGACUACACCACGCCCUCUCUGACAUCGUCACUGGACGGCGUCACUCCCAGAAACGCAGCCAGGCCUUCUCCCACAGACUCCUGGGAAACCACGGAUCAUGUGCACCCCUUCCUGGAGCACGGCCCCGCCCCCACGGCGUGGACUGAUGAUGUCAUUGACGAGGAGGAACGUGGAGCCGAGCACAACCUGACUCGACACAGCGGGGAGAGGGAGGGGGAGGAAGGGGAGAAGGAAGGCAAGACAGGAGAGGCAGGGUGUACCGGAGGUGAGGAGGACUGCCCUCCUCCCCCUCCUCCCUCCUCCGGCAGGGGGCCCACGGUGGCGGCCAUUGUCAUUGCUGUGUGCACGGUUGCCCUGGCAGCCGCCGUCGGUGCGUGGUGUUACCGACAAAAACAGCAGAAGAGCUCGAUGUACGAGAUGAACGGGAAGGGUCAGAGUCACAGCAGACAUGGACAACAGAUAGAGAUGCAACAGAAGGUCUAAGAGAGAGAGAAAGAGAGAGACAGUGCGGCUGCAGAGAGAGUGGAGGGAGGCUCCAGGGAGGGAGGUGAUGUGGGUUAGGGUAUUUGGGGUGUGUGAGUUGAACAGCCACACACUACACCUGCAGACACAGAAGAAUGAGUUGACGGGUGAGGAAGGGGUUGAGGGUAUUUGAAUGGUGAGGUUUGGGGCUGAGGAAGUGUUGAGGGUUGGUGGUUAGGGUCGGGUAGAGGGACGAGGGAAUGAGAUGAGUGGCUAUGCUAUGCUAAUGCUAGCAGGAGUUUUCAACUCUGGUGACGAACGAGAAGGGACUCCUCCUCCAGAGCUCUGGGACAUUGUGGUUCAGAAUCAUACCUGUUUAUUAAUUUGUAAUUACCAUGUUGUUACUGUGUUAUUACCAUGUUAUUACUGUCUUUGAUGAUAUUUUGAUUUCAUUGUUCUUGUGUGAGACAAUUGAACUUUGUUAUGUUGUAUUAUUAGGGCUCUACCUUACUAUGUAGUUGUGUAACAUUGUGCAUGAUUGUAAGGAUUCCUUGUUUCUCACCAUGACAUCAGCAUUUGAAAUUGCUGUCAGAGUCUGCACCCUGAUUUGAGUGGAUGCAUUCAGGGUCCUAUUCAUAAGCACCAAAUGGAACAAAAAAAAUAGACUGAAACAGGGAUGGAUUACCUGAACUUGUCCCAUAAGAAACGCUAGAUUUCGUUUUCCAUUACAAAACGUUCUUCCCACAGUGUGAUCUAUUGAAUACAACCAAUUAGGUGUUCUAACGUCCAUACCUCCUCUGACACUACUUAAAGACUUGGUUGAAGAUAACCAAGGUUAAAACAAGAGGAUUCUAAUAUCCCAUAACUCUUUGCAUAAAUGUGGAAUAUUUUUAAACUAAGGGACCAGCGAUGCUAGUUAUUAACGGUUCUGGUCCAGUAAUACUGCGUUUAGACGAGGAACGCAAAAAACGUUAUACAUAUCGGCAUAGCGGGACAAGAAAGCAAAAAAUAUGGUCACGGCAAAAACAACAGUACGAUUUUCUAUGGUGAUUUCAGUAAACAAUCCGUGCAAAUCAACACCCAGUAGAAAACAACGUUACCGCAGACGGCUAAAGUUGAACGAUUUGCUCUCAUUGAAAACAAUCACACCAGUUUGCCAUCAACCUUCUACCUUGUACCAUUUAAACGCGGCAUAAAUCUGAUUAUUUCGUUUUCCGAACCUGGGUAUCUUCAACCUAGCCUAAAGACAGGAAGUAGAAAAUAAUAGAAUAGACAUUACAGAUAUAGUUUUAGAAUUCAAACUAAUAAACCAUAGAAUGAACCAUUUUUGUAUGUAAGGGAACGCUAAAGCCUUGUUCACACUGCAGGCUUUUAUGCUGAAAUCAGUUAUGUUUUCACAUCCGCUUUGGAAUACUGACUAUCGAUCCAAAUGCAGCAGUGGUGGAAAAAGUACACAAAUGUCAUACUUGAGUAAAAGUAAAGAUAUUGUAAUGAAACAGCAGGGAGCAGGUCUCCAACCCUCAACCUUCGAGCCCGAGGUCCGGCGCUAUCGACUGUGCGGCAAAAGCACGCUCGUGCGGCAGGGUCGAAUGCCGCGCUUAUAAACCCAGGGUCGUUACAAUACCUUGAUAGAAAAUUACUUGGAAAAAAGGGACUGUCACCCAGUAAAACACAACUUGAGUAAAACUCAAAAAGUAUCAAAAGUAAAACUAUUAAUAAUUUAAAAUUCCUUAUAUUAAUCAAACAGACACCACCAUUUUAUUGUUUUUUUAAAAUGUAUUUACGGAUAGCCAGGGCACACUCUAACACUCAGACAUAAUUUACAAAGCGUGUGUGUGUAGGGAGUCCGUCAGAUCAGAGGCAGUAGGGAUGUUCUCUUGAUAAGUGCAUGAAUUUGACAAUUUUCCUGUCCUGCUAAGUAUUCAAAAAUGUAACAAGUACUUUUGGGUGUCAGGGAAAAUGUAUGGAGUAAAAAGUACAUUAUUUUCUUUAAGAAUGUAAUGAGGUAAAAGUAAAAGUUGUCAGAUAUUUAAAAGGUAAAGUACAGAUACCCCAAAAAGCUACUUAAGUAGUACUUUCAAGUAUUUUUACUUAAGUACUUUACACCACUGCCAAACAGCAAGUUACAAGUGACCGACCAUAUGGGAUUUGUGUGUGUUCAGACAGCAGUCAUUUGCUGACAUGGCUACGCUAGUUGUCAUAGUUAUGACGGGUGAGUGUGCAGUGGUGUAGGCUGAUUGGUGCUCGUGCUUCUUAUCACUCAGAAGUUAUGUAGCAAGCUAUGAUGACAACAAUGCCUGCCAUGGACGUUUCCCAGUCUCUUUGAAUGUUCAAAAUCAUAGUGAUAAAUAAGUAAAAUAAGUAAAAAUAAGUAAAAACACUUAAAAACACUUUUAAUUAAAUCCUCAAAGGGAGUCAUUUUCUCAAGCCACAGCAGUCAACUAGCUAGAUAGGUAGCUGUUUAGCUUUUGUAGCACAUUCACUAAUUUGUUUGUAAACAAUUAAAGGGAGAACAAAUAUUUUUUACUACAUAUUCAUCUCCAGCACCACCACAACAUCAAUAUAUAGGAAAAUGGCUCGUUUCUAUGUUUUGUAAUAAAAAAGAUAGUGGAAGAUAAGUGUUUCCAAUGACAUCAUCAGUGUGCAUCAUGUGAUUUUAACCAAUUAUGGUUACAAUGAUGAGAAGGUAUUGCCACACCAAUGAUAUCAUUGGAAACACUUAUUUUCCUCUAUGUUUUUUUACUACUAAACAUAGACAUUUUCACAUACAGUAUGUUGAUGUAGAGGUGGUGCUGGAGAUGAUGAAUGUGAAGUUGUUCUUGUCAAACUGUAAGCAGAGUAGCUAGCAUGCAACAAGACAUGACAAAUAACAUUCUAAAAAUGACUUGAGGGAAAAUGUAUCAGAUUUGACUGUUCAGACACAAGUCGCAUGGCGACAGAUUUGUAUCUGACUUCAAACCACCUACAAAAGGUUGUUUGAAAUGUGGCUUGACUGCAAAUCGGAUAUGCAAAGUCACUUCAAACUGCCAAUGUGAACAAGGCUUUAGAUUGGCACCAUAUUAUGGUGUGUAUAAAAUGUACAUUUUUGAGUGGAUGGAAGUUUGAACAUUUCUGGGCGUUAACAAGAGGUGAGAUACAUUAUCAGACAGUCAAUGCAAGGUAGAGAGGAGAGGAAAGUGGG